UCCAGUAGUGCACCUUGUGCAGAGCAGACGACGACGACGACGACGAAGAUUUCUUGUUCCUUGUUGUGUGCGAAAGAACGAAACCGGAACCGGAGAGAGAGGGCGGCGAGAUGAGUUGCUUCGGGGAUUGCCUCGAGCUGGGGCCACCGCCCGAUAUGAUACUGUCGAUGCCACCGCCGCCGCUGUCAUCGUUUCUGUUGCCCCGCAAUGCGCUGGUGGCCAGCGGCAAAGGUUCAGGUGGUGCUGGCGGGGGCAACAGCAACCACAGCCUUCUGUGCAGUGCCGCCUUCAUCUGCGAACCAUCGCUCAAGGCGAACGAACAGUCCGGACUGGAGUUCGUCGAGCUGCCUGGAAACGGCGUCGACGAUACCUGGGUGCUGGUGCUGAUUUCGUCCUGCGUCGGUGUGCUGCUUCUCGGUGCCCUGCUGGCGAUGGUUCUGCUGAAAUGCCGAGAUCGGUUCUGUAUCCGUUGCAGUUCGUUCGGCUACUCAUACCACGAUAGCAACCUGAAGCAGCCACCGCUGCACGCCCUGGCCGAACCGACGGUGACGAAAGCGGCUGGUGGGUUCCUGGCCGGUGGUACGAUCCUGUAUCCCACCAAUCACGUGGUGCACCACACCAACUCACUGCAACACCACCAUCACCACCACCAGCAUCACCAUCAGCAGCAGCACCAUCCGCACCAUCAGUCGGGCACGGUGUACGGAACGGACAAUAGGACUCUUUGGGCCGCCCUGACACCGCAUGGUACGCAGCACUUCAUCACCGAAUCGUAUGGGGCCCAUCCGGACGAUCACUAUGAGGUCAUCGAUUACGGGCGCAAGCACGAGCAGUACAUUCCGUCGGCCAUCGGCCCCGCGGCUGGCGGGACGAUCGUGAAGAGCAAGAACUCGUUCGAGAACUCUGGCUUCGUCGACUACGACUACGAGGAUCCGACCCCGCUGAUGGAGUCGUACGGUGGGGCUCACUUUGACGAUAUGGAUUCGGGCUACCAGGAACCGCAGGAGGUGCUGGGCUCGCUGAACCGCCCGGCGCUCCAGCGCUCCACGCUUACCGUUUCAUCGCCGACCCGCAUCGAGAACCCGAACAUGGCGCCCCUGAAUCUCUACCCGACCGCCGCCCAACCGGUGCGGGGCGCUACCGGAACUCUCGGUUCGGCCACCAUGGGCCGGAAGUCCGGCGGUACCGGCGCUACCGCCGGCGCCGGGACACUAUCGCGGCGUAUUAGCGAUAUCAAGAACUGAACGUUGAAUCGUCCACCACAGCAGCAGCAACUGAGACGAGUGAGAAGUUCCAAAUGGACAUUCCUAACAAACGGACAGAGUGGAGUGGCCGUUGAAAGAAGGAUAUCUCUGUGCUCCGUUUUUUUUCCUACACGAUAAUUAUUUACACGCAUUGGCCGCUAUAUAGAGAGAGAGAGACAGAGAGCGGAUCGAAACUGAAAGGGAUUGAACUUGAUGGAAUUUCAUGGUGAGAAAAGAAUGUUCCUGGAAACCAGAUGGUAGAACAGCAGCAAGUCCCCAUUCACCUCUAUAAAAUGCACUCGGCUUUGCGGCCGGCACACACUCCACUAGUCACUAGCUACAGAUCGUAACACGGUAACACUAUUGCGCAUACAGACAUUCUCGCUAAACCAUGGACGGCAAGGCAGACCUACUAUAAGAUACGCUCAGGUUCACCGUCACGGUGGACCACUCUUUCCGGCGGCAGACUGUAGUGGUGGCAAAAGUCCAAGUGAUCGCUUCUAUAAACCAUGCCCUCAGGAUGGCCGACAUCGGAUCGCCGUCGGGUGACGCCAUCGGGAGGUGCAGCAAUAACUACUCUAACUAAUAAUCACUGUACGUACGUGGGGCCUCAGGGCAGUUACUGAAGGCGCGGCAGACCUUUCGGACGCAUAGUAAAAUCCUGGCUCAAAUUGGCGAUGCGUUCCGUUCCGGCAGCGGAACGAAUCAAUAAGUAAUAAAGUAAUAGAACUA